GCCCGGCUAUGUUUCCAAAGUCAAAUAAGGAUGAGCAGCUAAACACGAAAUGUCGUGCAUUUUCUUAUUCGGAGGUUAUCAGUAUGACUGAUGAUUUCAGACAAAUGAUUGGAAAAGGUGGAUUUGGGAAGUUUUAUCUAGGUAUUAUACCUGAUGGUGAAAAUGUUGCUGUGAAGACACUCUCUUUAUCAGAAUUGCAAGGGCAUAAGGAGUUUAUAUCAGAGGUAAAUUUAUUGAUGCCUGCUCAUCAUAGAAUAUCGUUUCUCUUGUUGGUUAUUGUGCGGAUGGUGGAAUUAGAGCACUUAUUUUUGAAUAUCUACCAGGCGGAAACCUUCAGCAACGGUUAUCAGGUUUGGUGUAUCUUCAUAAUGGAUGCAAGCCAGCUAUAA